AUGGAUGAGGAAAACAUGACGAAAAGCGAGGAGCAGCAGCCUCUGAGUUUGCAAAAAGCCUUACAGCAGUGCGAGUUGGUCCAAAACAUGAUAGACCUGAGCAUCUCCAACCUGGAAGGGCUUAGGACCAAAUGUGCUACCUCCAACGACCUCACACAAAAAGAAAUCCGGACCCUGGAGAGCAAGCUGGUGAAGUACUUCAGCCGGCAGCUGUCCUGCAAAAAGAAGGUGGCCCUGCAGGAGCGCAACGCCGAGCUGGACGGCUUCCCCCAGCUCAGGCAUUGGUUCCGGAUCGUCGAUGUGCGCAAGGAAGUCCUGGAGGAGAUCACCCCCGGCCAGCUGAGUCUGGAGGACCUCCUGGAGAUGACGGAUGAGCAGGUGUGUGAGACCGUGGAGAAAUACGGAGCCAACCGGGAGGAGUGUGCGCGCCUCAAUGCCUCCCUGUCCUGCCUGCGGAAGGUCCACAUGUCAGGAGGCAACCUUUCCAAACAAGACUGGACCAUCCAGUGGCCCACCACGGAGACGGGGAAGGAGAACAAUCCCGUGUGCCCCCCGGAGCCGACCCCGUGGAUCCGCACCCACCUCUCCCAGAGCCCCAGGGUCCAGUCCAGGUGCGUCCAGCACUACUGUCACACCAGCCCCACGCCCGGGGCCCCCGUGUACACCCACGUGGACAGGCUCACCGUGGACGCCUACCCGGGCCUAUGCCCGCCACCGCCACUGGAGUCGGGCCACCGUUCCCUGCCCCCGUCGCCCAGGCAAAGGCACGCGGUCCGCACCCCACCGCGCACCCCCAAUAUCGUCACCACCGUGACCCCGCCAGGCACGCCGCCCAUGAGGAGGAAGAGCAAGCUAAAGCCCCCCGGGACCCCGCCACCCUCUUCCCGAAAGCUCAUCCACUUGAUCCCGGGUUUCACGGCCCUGCAUCGCAGCAAGUCCCACGAGUUCCAGCUGGCGCACCGCGUAGACGAGGCCCACACGCCCAAAGCCAAGAAGAAAAGCAAACCCUUGAACCUCAAGAUCCACAGCAGCGUGGGCAGCUGCGAGAACAUCCCUUCGCAGCAGCGCUCCCCGCUGCUCUCGGAGCGCUCCCUCCGCUCCUUUUUUGUGGGGCACGCGCCCUUCCUGCCCUCCACCCCUCCCGUCCACACCGAGGCCAACUUCUCCGCAAACACACUGUCUAUGCAUAUCCUCUACGCAGAAAGGCAUGGGAACAGAGCAGCAUGA